AUGCCGCUAAACAUCUUUCGCGUCGCUGCGGAUUUCUCGCAUCUAGCGAGUAUCCUCAUCCUGCUGCGCAAGAUGGUGCAGCUCAACAGCUGUUCGGGCAUCUCCUUCAAGUCGCAAGGACUGUAUCUGCUGGUCUACAUUACCAGAUACCUUGAUCUCUUUUCGACGGAGAGCUACUACAACAUCAUCUUCAAGAUCCUCUUCAUAAGCUCGCAGGGCUACAUCAUCUACCUCAUGACCAACGCCUACAAGCCUACAAACGACGUCAACACCGACACAUUCCGCGUGCAGUACCUCCUCGGCGCCGCCGCCGCUCUCGCCCUCAUCUUUCCCUACCACUACACCCCGUCCGAGAUCCUGUGGGCCUUUUCCAUCUGGCUGGAGUCUGUGGCCAUUCUCCCACAGCUCUUUAUGCUGCAGCGCACAGGCGAGGCCGAGACCAUUACGGCCAACUAUCUGUUUGCGCUCGGAAUCUACCGCGCCCUCUACAUCCCCAACUGGAUCUACCGCUACAUCGCCGAGCCCAAGCAUAAGGUGGACUGGAUUGCCAUUGUCGCCGGUAUAAUCCAGACGAUUCUCUACAGCGACUUUUUCUACAUUUACUACAACAAAGUUCUCAAGGGCAAGAAGUUCAAGCUACCGGUCUAA